CCAUUUUAGCGCGUCUCCAGCCAUCCGGUAUGAUGGCGACUUUGCUUUGUCUCCAGUGAACAGGGUUGCAUCAAUAGUCGAAAUAUAUUUUUCUUCUCUCUAAAAUUAACAGUGUUUUUAUCUCCGGGACGACGUGCCAAGAACUACACGUGUCUCAGUCGUUCAAGAAAUGACUACAGAGUACAGAAGGUAAAAUGAGUAAGGCCUCAGCUGAAUCUACAGACCAAGUGAUGGAGGAGGAAGUAGGUCAGCUUCCGAUUACAGACCAGAUGGAGGAGGACGAGGAGGAGGAGGAGGCUGGGAGCUCAACAGAGACUGAGAGACCCUCCUCUUCUCACACCAAGAGGAAGCCUUCUGUUGCAGCCAAGCAAGUUGGAGGGAAUGAGUCAGACACCUCGGACGAGAGUGGACAGGACGAUGGCGCCUCAGAUGGGAUGUUGGUUGUGCGGCCUCCUGCUGGGACUGACAAGGAGGACAAGAGCAGAGGAGCCAUGAAGCUCCGAGUGGACCUCUCACGGAGAAAGACAGGUAAAAUGAGUAAGGCCUCAGCUGAAUCUACAGACCAAGUGAUGGAGGAGGAAGUAGGUCAGCUUCCGAUUACAGACCAGAUGGAGGACGAGGAGGAGGAGGCUGGGAGCUCAACAGAGACUGAGAGACCCUCCUCUUCUCACACCAAGAGGAAGCCUUCUGUUGCAGCCAAGCAAGUUGGAGGGAAUGAGUCAGACACCUCUGACGAGAGUGGACAGGACGAUGGCGCCUCAGAUGGGAUGUUGGUUGUGCGGCCUCCUGCUGGGACUGACAACAAGGAGGACAAGAGCAGAGGAGCCAUGAAGCUCCGAGUGGACCUCUCACGGAGAAAGACAGGUAAAAUGAGUAAGGCCUCAGCUGAAUCUACAGACCAAGUGAUGGAGGAGGAAGUAGGUCAGCUUCCGAUUACAGACCAGAUGGAGGAGGCGGAGGACGAGGAGGAGGAGGCUGGGAGCUCAACAGAGACUGUGAGACCCUCCUCUUCUCACACCAAGAGGAAGCCUUCUGUUGCAGCCAAGCAAGUUGGAGGGAAUGAGUCAGACACCUCGGACGAGAGUGGACAGGACGAUGGCGCCUCAGAUGGGAUGUUGGUUGUGCGGCCUCCUGCUGGGACUGACAACAAGGAGGACAAGAGCAGAGGAGCCAUGAAGCUCCGAGUGGACCUCUCACGGAGAAAGACAGAUACCACUUUGCAGGAGAGGAUAGACUGCACCGCCUGUGGACAGCAGGUCAACCACUUCCAGCGCCACUCAGUGUUUGAGCACCCGAUGCUCCAUGUGCUCCUCUGCAAGUCGUGUUAUAAGUAUUACACCAGCGAUGACAUCAAUAAAGACGAGGACGGCAUGGACGAACAGUGCAGGUGGUGUGCUGAAGGUGGCAACCUGAUCUGCUGUGACUACUGCCACAACGCCUUCUGUAAGAAGUGCAUCCUGCGUAACCUGGGGCGCAAGGAGCUGUCCAUGAUCACCGACGAGGACAGUAAAUGGUCUUGCUAUAUCUGCAGCCCUCAGCCUCUCUCAGACAUCGCCUCCAACUGCUCCAACAUCUUGACCAAGCUGGAGAGCUUCUGGCGCACUGGGCGCAAGAAAGAGAGGGAAGAGAAAGAGAGGAAGGAGGUGAAAGGGCACAGUAAGGGUAAAGGUCACCACCACCAUGGUAAAGCUGUGGUGAACGGUAAGGAACAUUCAGACGGGUCAGGGACCCUCACCUUCUCCUAUAAGACCCUGAAGGUCCCCAAGGAGCUGGUGAAGAGGACCAAGAAGCUGAUUGAGACGACCACAGGGCUCAACAGCACGUUCAUCCAUUUCAUCCAGCAGGCUGAGGAGGAGCAGGGAGCAGGAGAAGGUGGCAGCGGGACCAGACACAGACACCUCAAGGCCUUCAGGUCUGUUCUGGCUGAUCUGAAGAAGGCCCAUGCUGCUCUAGAGAAAGACUUGGAGUCACAGUUCACUUCCCAGGACCAGGGGAUGCAGAAUGGGGAUGCUGUUUCAAACACCGACGGCCAUGACGGCCACGAUCAGAUAGACAAUGGGCAAGAGGCAGAAGAGGACAAAAUGGCCGACACUGAGGAUGGGGAGGAGGAUGGGGGUGUGUCAGAGGACACAGAGAUGGAGGGGAGCCCCACCCCCACGCCUCAGGACCACUCAGAGACAGGCAGCCAGGCUAAAGACCAGACAGUGGUGAAAAUGGAGGAGGAGGAUGGAACAGAGGAGGAAGCUGACCGGGAUAAAGACAUCGUGUCCGUCGGGCCGUCCGUCCCUGACGAGCUCUUCCAGAUGGUCAAGAGUUUAGCGGACUCCACCGGGUUAACGCCCGGUAACGACGCCACGGAACUCACAGCGGCUAGCCAAUCGGAGAACCCCGCUGCUGGCUCAACCAGGAAGUCGCAUGACACCCAGAAGGAGAAGGCCAUGCCCAAGGUUAAGAACCUCAUCUUGAAGCUGACGCCUGUUCCUGUGGUUACCACACGCGCCUCCAGGUCUAAGAGUAAGGAUGGAGAGAAGGAGAGGAGUAAGGAUGGAGGGAAGGAGAGGAGUAAGGAUGAAGGGAAGGAAAGGAGUAAGGAUGGAGGGAAGGAGAAGGAAAGGAGUAAGGAUGGAGGGAAGGAGAAGGAGAGGAGUAAGGAUGAGAACAUCGACUCAGAAGGCGAGGAGAAGAGCCCAAGCAAGCUGAAGAGGAGAACCAAGGGCAGCUCCGAGAAAGAACGGGGGAACACGGAGGAGAGGAAAGAGAGCAAGGCCUCCUCCAUGGUAACCUCUGACCCUUCGAAACAGGACGUGGACUCAGAUUCUGACGAGGUUCCAGACAUCCUGGUCCAGACUGCAGCGGCGGAACACAGCUCGGACGAGGAUGUGCAGCAGGACGCCGACAGUAACCAGGGCAACAAGCGCGCCAGGAAGUGCCUGUUCAAACUGAGCAAGAAAGAGCAGGUGGGAGAGGAGGAGGAGGAGCAGGUGGGAGAGGAGGAGGAGGAGGAGCAGGUGGGAGAGGAGGAGGAGGGGGAGGAGCAGCAGGUGGGAGAGGAGGAGGAGCAGCAGGUGGGAGAGGAGGAGGAGCAGCAGGUGGGAGAGGAGGAGGAGCAGGUGGGAGAGGAGGAGGGAGAGAAUGACAAGGAGAAGACGGACAAGAAGCCGGCGGCCAAACGCAAACUGAAAGCCGACGACUCCGACAACUCAGAGUCUGACUCCGAUGAAGACGCAAAGAAGAAAAAGAAGUCCUCCACGGCUUCUGACAAGAAGACAUCCAAGAAGAAGCAGAAGGUCUCGGACGGCUCCUCCAACUCGGACCUGGAGAAGGAGAUGAAGGGACUCAGCAAACUGACGACGGGGAAACGGAGGAGCAGCCGUGUGAAGAAGGAAAGAGAGGAGAAGGAGAACAAGAGCGGAGAUCGGAGGCGGUCGUACGAACUGAAACGCAAAGCCAGAAGUAGAGGAGCCAAGCAGCAAGAUUCAUCGUCUGAUGAUGACGACGAGGAGGAGGAGGGAGGAGGGUCUGGAGAGGAGAGUGGAGACCAGCAGAAGAUUAAACCCAUCGUGGAGGAGACGGUGGUAGCAGGGAGGGAAACCUUCCACCAGUCCUCAGGAGAGGAAGGUAACCAUGACGCUUCUCAGAUGGCUGUUGAUGAUGACGAUGAUGAUCCAGAAAACAGGAUUGCCAAGAAGAUGCUGCUGGCCCAGAUCAAGGCCAACUACUCUUCAGGAGCAGAGGAGAGCUCUGACGAGGAUGGAGAAGAGAAGGAACAGAGGAAGGGAGGAGAGGAGGAGGAGGAGGAGGAGGAGGCAGAUGAUGGUGAGGAAGAGGAGGAGGAGGAGGAAGGGGACUCUGGCUCUGACAUGGAUGUGAAGAAGAGUGGGGGGCGUCGCCACCGGCUGCUCCGCCACAAACUGACGCUGAGCGAGGGAGAGUCAGGAGAGGAGAAAGAGAAACCAGCCAGCAAGGGGAAGAAGGAGACCAAGAGGACCAGACGGAAAGUGGGCAGUGAUGACUCAGCAGACUUAGACUCUGAGGAGUCGGCUAGCAGCAGUGAGUCAGGAGUUAGUGAGGAGAUCAGUGAGGAGGAGGAGGAGGAGUCAGAGGAGGAGUCAGAGGAGGGCAGCAGUCGCAGGAGGACCACGCGCUCCUCCAAGAAGAAGAAGAAGAAGAAGGAGGAGAGGAGCUACGCCCAGAAGAAGAAACGCCGUCGCAUCAAGGUUCAGGACUCUUCAUCUGACGAGAAGAGCGGGUCAGGAGAGGACGGCUCGGGGAAGGAGGAUGGAGACACUCCUAAAGGACAGAGGAAGAAGAUCAGAAAAAUCCUCAAGGACGACAAGCUGAGGACGGAAACGAGGGAUGCCCUGAAGGAAGAGGAGGAGAGGAGGAGACGCAUCGCUGAGAGGGAGCAGCUCAGGGAGAAACUCAGAGAGGUACUCGUGGUGGAGGAGGCGUCCGCCGUGGCUUGUCCAAUCACAACCAAGCUGGUGCUGGAUGAAGACGAGGAGACCAAGGAGCCCAUGGUGCAGGUUCACCGCAAUCUGGUCACUAAGCUCAAACCACACCAGGUCGACGGGGUCCAGUUCAUGUGGGACUGCUGUUGUGAGUCGGUGAAGAAAACCAACAAGAACUCUGGUUCUGGAUGUAUCCUGGCUCACUGUAUGGGUCUGGGAAAAACACUGCAGGUGGUAACCCUACUCCACACACUACUGCUGUGUGAAAAGUUAGACUUCUCCACGGCUCUGAUCGUCUGUCCUCUCAACACGGUUCUCAACUGGCUCAAUGAGUUUGAGAAGUGGCAGUACGGCUUCAAGGACGAGGAGAGUUUAGAGGUGACGGAGCUGGCCACGGUGAAGCGUCCUCAGGAGAGAGCUUCUGCUCUGCAGCAGUGGCAGGAGGAUGGAGGAAUCAUGAUCAUUGGCUAUGAGAUGUACCGUAACCUCACACAGGGUAGAAACAUCAAGAGCAAGAAACUCAAAGAGACCUUCCAGAAGACCCUGGUUGACCCAGGCCCAGACUUUGUGAUCUGUGAUGAGGGCCACAUCUUGAAGAACGAGGCGUCGGCCAUCUCUAAAGCCAUGAACUCCAUCAAGACCCGACGGAGAGUGGUGCUCACUGGCACACCGCUGCAGAACAACCUCAUAGAGUACCACUGCAUGGUGAACUUCAUCAAGGAGAACCUGCUGGGGUCAGUGAAGGAGUUCAGGAACCGCUUCGUCAAUCCCAUCCAGAACGGGCAGGCAGCAGACUCCACAGACCAGGAUGUACGGAUCAUGAAGAAGAGGGCUCACAUCCUCUACGAGAUGCUCAAUGGAUGUGUUCAGAGAAGAGACUACUCUGCCCUGACCAAGUUCCUGCCUCCUAAACAUGAGUACGUUGUGUCCGUCAGAGUCACGCCCAUCCAGUGUACUCUAUACCGACACUACCUGGAGCACUUAACAGGUGCGGGGAACGUGGUGGAGGGGGGUCGGGGCCGAGCCGGGACCAAACUGUUCCAGGACUUCCAGAUGCUCAGCAGAAUCUGGACCCAUCCCUGGUGCCUGCAGCUGGACUACAUCAGCAAGGAAAACAAGGGGUACUUUGACGAGGACAGCAUGGACGAGUUCAUCGCCUCGGAGACCGAGGAGUCUUCCAUGAGCAUGACCUCUGAAGACGAGAAACAGAAAAAGAAGAAGAAGCGAGGGAAGGCCAGGAAGAAGGACAGUGACUCAGACAGUGAUGCUCUCGAGGUGAUAAAGGAGUGGAACACCAGCUCCCGAGGGGGAGACCCUUCCAGCCGCAACCGGGCGGAGCCAGAGGAGGAAGUGCGGCCAGCUUCCAGCCCUGGCACCAGGAGUCCUGACUGGCACAAGGAGUUUGUUACGGAGGCCGACUCUGAGAUCCUGGAGCAUUCUGGGAAGAUGGUGCUGCUGUUUGAGAUCCUCCGUAUGGCCGAGGAGGUGGAGGACAAAGUUCUGGUGUUCAGUCAGUCUCUGAUCUCUCUGGACCUGAUUGAAGACUUCCUGGAGCUGUCUGGCCGAGCCAAAGAGGAGGAGAAACAGUCUCCCUACAAAGGUGAGGGGAAGUGGUUCCGGAACAUAGACUACUACCGCUUGGACGGCUCCACCAACGCCCUGAACCGGAAGAAGUGGGCAGAAGAGUUCAAUGACACCAGCAACGUCCGAGGUCGGUUGUUCCUGAUCUCGACCAGGGCUGGUUCUCUGGGCAUCAACCUGAUAGGAGCUAACAGGGUCAUCAUCUUCGACGCGUCCUGGAACCCGUCGUACGACAUCCAGAGUAUCUUCAGGCUCUACCGCUUCGGACAGCUCAAGACCUGCUACGUUUACCGAUUCCUGGCUCAGGGUACUAUGGAAGAGAAGAUCUAUGACCGCCAGGUGGCUAAACAGUCUCUGUCCUUCCGAGUGGUGGAUCAACAGCAGAUAGAGAGACAUUUCACCAUGAAUGAGCUGACGGAGCUCUACGCCUUUGAACCUGACCUUCUGGAUGAUCCCACUGGCAAGAAGAGCAAGAGGACCACGCCUAUGCUGCCAAAGGACCCCUUCCUAGCUGAGCUGCUCCACAGCAAUAAGGAGCAGAUUGUGGGCUAUCAUGAACAUGACUCCCUGCUGGAUCACAAGGAAGAGGAGGCUCUCAGCGAGGAGGACCGCAAAGCAGCCUGGGCCGAGUACGAGGCGGAGAAGAAGGGUCUGUCUCUGCGUGUGAACCAUGGAGCGUACGGAGGACAGAUGGACAUGGGAGGAGCUAACAGCUACUUCCCCUUCAACGUUGCCGCACUGGCCUCUAUGUCCAACCCUCAGCUGGAGGAGUUGAUCAACCAGGGCCGUCAGAAGGUGAUGGAGGCCACCAACGCUCUCAAGUUCCUCCCCAGAGAAUCUCUAGAGGACACCAUCGGGAGAGUGUGGAAGGAGAACCCAGCACUAACGGAGUCCCAGGUCCAGGCCAUGGCUCUGGGGAGACAGGCCAGUGUAGAGAUGGAACUCAAACGAAGAGAAGCUGUCUACAGAGACGUCCUCAAUAAGCAACAGACUCUAAUGAUGUACGUUCAGAAGGUGAUCACCAACAGGAAGGUGAGAGAGCAGCAGAUGGCCAUGGCCAACCAGGCCCAGCUGAUGAGCCAGAUGAACGGCAUGCUGGGAGCUGGAGGGAUGAGCCAGAUGGAACUCUUGGGGUUGUACCAACAGCUGGGGGCGCUACAGGGUCAUCCCACCCACCCCUCCAUGGGCGGCAAGAACCCCGGCCCCUCCAAGGGCAACCUGUAAGGGGAGGGGGACCCAGGGCUUGCUCCACAUAGUCCCCUAUCUAUUCUCUACAUAGUGCACUAUCCACUUCAUAUUGGCUCUGGUCAAAAGUAGUGCACUAUUUAGGCAAUAGGGUAUCAUUUGGGACUCAGACCCACUCACUGCCCCCUCACUGUCUCACUCAGUAGGUUGCUCCUUAAUGCUGCCCCGUCUCCUAUGUAGUGCACUAGAUGGAGCGCAGAUCCCUAGGGUUUUGGUUAGAAGUAGUGCACUAUGUAGGGGAUAGGGGUGGGAUCUGGGACGUUGCCCGCUGUCUUACAACCCUCCUUCACUGGGGAGGUGAGAUGACACAGAGAGAAGGGUCUCGGAGCCCCUCACCACUCCCUCCAGCUCUCCCGUCUCCUGAAGCAGGGAAUGACAUGACUUGUAUAGGGACUAUAUGAAGGCGUUUUAGAAAUGUCAUUUGAAAUUCUGUAUAUACCGCCUUAAUGUUAUUCAACUUCUCUUCUGUCUGCAGUUUUCAUGUAUUUAAAAUAACGUAAGGAAAGGGAAAUGUUUUUGUCCCAAUGCUUUUAAGCAUUACGUUAUUCUUUCCCCUGAAAGGAGGGGUUGUUUAAUGAAUUGAUUAUUCUGUAAGUUGUGUUUUGAUACAGUUUUAAUGAAUGCCUGUCUAUCUAAAGAACCCCCAGAGGGAGACCAUAGUGCUGACAGGACUGUUUUAGGAUAUUAAACAUCUAGAUUAUUAGAUCCCCUGUAGAACCCUCCCUCCACCAAGACAGACACACGCAGACAGACACACGCAGACAGACACACGCAGACAGACACACGCAGACAGACACACGCAGAC